UCUAAGAAAAAAAACAAAAAAUGUCUCUGAACAACCUCUUUUCAAUCCUCUGUCUUAUCUUCGUCGUUAGUUUCCGUUUUGUCUCUACACAAAAAUGCGGGGACUCAAUGUUUUUCAGACCUAACGGUACUUAUGACACAAACCGUCGUCUCGUUCUUUCAACUCUUGCUUCCAACGUCAGUUCUCGAAAAGACCGCUUCUACAACGUCUCGAUCGGUGAAGAAGGUGCUGGAAGGAUCUAUGCCUUAGGUCUCUGUAUCCCAGGGACUGAUCCAAAGGUAUGUUCAGAUUGUAUCCAAGCCGCAUCCGAAGGUUUAUUAAAAAACUGUCCGAACCAGACCGACUCAUUCGACUGGAAAGGCGACAAGACGCUCUGUUUCGUUCGUUACUCCAACAGCUCGUUUUUCAACAGGAUCGAUUUAGAACCAACGUUAACACUUUAUAAUACUAGAAGGUUUCGAGGGGACCUUAAACAUUAUAACAAAACAUGGGACGCGCUCAUGACCUUUAUGAUCACCCGAGUCGGUCAAUCUAACUACCUGGCCGAGGUAUCCCCUGAAAUAGGUUCUGAUCGUAUAUACACUCUGAUGCAGUGUAUUCCGGGGAUAUCCUCAAGCGACUGCGAAACCUGUAUUGAACGAAGUGUCCGUAAUUAUCAGAGAUGCUGCAGUAGCUUCGUAGGUGGAGCCGUUGCCAAGCCAGUCUGCUUUUUCCGGUGGGAUGGUUACGACUAUCUUGGUGCCUUUGGUAACACGCCAUUAUCACCUCCUCAAGAAUCUCAACCCAUGCCGCUUCCUCCUCCACCAGAUAGAAAAAAUAUAUCUACGGGAGCUAUUGUGGGGAUUGUUGUUUCAGCGGUUACAUUCGUGGUGCUGCUCACUUUAGGAUUAGUUAUUUUGAAGAGAAGACAAUCAUACAAAACAUUAAAACCUCAAACUGAUGAUGACAUGAUAAGUCCACAGUCUCUCCAAUUUGAUUUUGCAACAAUUGAAGCGGCAACCGAUAAAUUUUCCAGCAAUAAUAAGCUAGGCCAAGGCGGAUUUGGUGAAGUUUACAAGGGUAUGCUACCAAAUGAAACAGAAAUUGCCGUGAAGCGGCUAUCAAGAAAUUCAGGACAAGGCACACAAGAGUUCAAGAACGAAGUUGUGAUUGUGGCGAAGCUUCAACACAAGAAUCUUGUUAGGCUUCUUGGGUUUUGUUUAGAAAGAUAUGAAAAGAUACUUGUCUACGAGUUUGUUCCCAACAAGAGCCUUGAUUAUUUCCUCUUUGAUCCAACUAAGAAGGGCCAGCUAGAUUGGAAAAGACGGUACAACAUCAUAGGAGGGAUUACGCGAGGGCUUCUCUAUCUUCAUCAAGACUCAAGGCUCACCAUCAUACACCGUGACAUCAAAGCAAGUAACAUUCUUUUAGAUGCUGAUAUGAACCCUAAAAUAGCAGAUUUCGGAAUGGCAAGGAAUUUCAGAGUGGACCAAACUGAAGACAAUACAGGAAGAGUCGUUGGAACCUUCGGGUACAUGCCACCAGAGUAUGUGACGCAUGGUCAGUUCUCUACCAAAUCUGAUGUUUAUAGCUUUGGAGUAUUGGUUCUAGAGAUUGUUUGUGGCAAGAAGAAUAGCAGCUUCUAUCAGAUGGAUGAUUCAGGGGGGAAUUUGGUGACACAUGUUUGGAGGCUUUGGAAUAAUGAUUCGCCCUUAGAUCUUAUUGACCCUGCGAUAAAGGAAAGCUACGAUCAUGAUGAAGUCAUUAGAUGUAUUCAUAUCGGAAUUUUAUGCGUUCAAGAAACUCCAGCAGAUCGUCCACCCAUGUCUACAAUCUUUCAAAUGCUUACCAAUAGCUCCAUUACUCUACCUGUGCCUCGACCACCUGGAUUUUUCUUCAGGAACAGACCCAAUUUAGACCCUUUAACCUAUGGAUCCGAGCCGGGGCAAUCCAGAAGCAUGUAUGUUCCUUAUUCUAUAGACUGUGAAUCAAUCACUAGAGUUACUCCUCGCUGAAAUUUUUGCUUCUGAACUCUGUAUUUAGCACUAGUCCGUACAAUUUUCCUUGUAGCACAAACAGUUCUGUUCUUUUCAAAAUUUUGCAAGCUUCCCAAGUAGGUAAAAUAUAGACAGCACCUGUUGUCGCUUUUAUGUAUUAAGAGUUUACUUGUGACAUUAUAAUGCUUGACUGUAACAUACGGAAACCCUAUAUAGAACUAA